CCGCUUCGGCAAGGAUUGUGCAGUCUAAUUGUUCUUUUGUGUUCUUUUGGGAGAUCUAGAGAAAAAGAAUCGGAAAUGGCGGAAGAGGGAGCCGUGAUCGGAUGCCACACCGUUGACGAAUGGAACCAUCAGCUUGGACAGGCUAAGGAGUCCAGCAAACUGGUUGUAGUGGAUUUUACUGCCUCCUGGUGCGGCCCCUGCCGCAUUAUUGCUCCAAUUUUUGCCGAGCUCGCUAAGAAGUUCACUAAUGCAAUCUUCCUUAAAGUUGAUGUUGAUGAACUGAAGACGGUUUCCGAAGAAUGGAAAGUAACGGCAAUGCCAACCUUCAUCUUCCUCAAAGACGGUGAAGUUGUGGACAAGUUGGUGGGUGCUCACAAGGAUGAACUCCCCAAGAAGGUUGAGCUUCUACUCAAUAAGCAGUGAUGCUUAUCUGGUUUGAAUUCAGCAGAAUAAUAUUGUGUGUGCCUAUGGCCCUAUUUAAAUACUCGCGUCUUAUCUAAAUAAAGCCAAGUUGGAGUAUUGAACUGUUCAUGGCUUUUUAUGACGGAUUAUCAUCAUGUAUCCUUUACUUUUAUAAUACUAAGGCAGUGUGCUUUCUCCCUGUAUGAUACACAUGCUUUGUUGUGAAAA